GGAAGGCUUAACGUUGUGUUGUUCUCCAUCGGGAGACUGUUGGAGUCCAGGGGCAGGGAUGUCUCGCUGUGGCUGUACAGGGGGCAAGGCAGACCCCUGAGGGAGCUGUAUUGAGGUCUCUGUAUCUAAGGAAGGAUGGUUCUGGUUACAGAGGAAGACUGAGUCCUGGGGCGGACAUAGGGAGAGAGACCAGAUCGGUUAGGGACUAUAUUCACCGGAGUUUUUAGAAGAACAAGGAUGGGGAUCUGAUAGAAACCUACAAAAUUCCAACAGGCGCAGGGGGUGGUGGGUGUGUGGAAGCGCAGGAAGAAAGUUUCCGAUGACCUACUGGGGAAGACCAGAACCAGGAGGGGGGGGGUCACUGUCUUAAGGAGAUGGGAUAGGACUCAGACGGGGAGAAAUGUCUUCCCCCAGAGAGUAGGGGAGCCUGUGAGAUUCUCUGUCACAGAAAGCGGUCAGGGCCAGAACACAGAAUGUUUUCAGGAAAGAGUUGAAUAAACGAGCUUUAGGGGGAAAGCGGGGAACAGGGGACUGGCUUAGACGUCAGCUGCUAUCCUAUUGAAAGGUGGAACAGUAUCAUGGGGCCAUAUGGCCUACACCUACUCCUACCUUCCUACAACUGGGUGCCUCGUCAGGCUUUUGGGGCGCAGGGUUGAAUCAGGGAGUGAAAUGUUUGCGAGUCCCUUUAAGUGGUUCGAGUCCUGGGCCACUCUGUGUCAGCAAAAUGUUGGGAACUAUUGAAUUGGACUCUCAGAAUAGAACAGGGUCCAUUCCAGAGAGAGAGAGACAGAGACAGAGAGAGAGAGAGUGUGGAAGCAGGUCAGCUGAAAAGCAAGGCCCAAUUUGAUCUUAAACAUCAGGGAUCCACGUUCUGGGACCCCCUUUGCCCCCUGCCUCUCACACAGCGUAGUGGGGGUGUGCUGCGAGUCAUGAAGACUGAGGAUUUUAUGACGGUCAACCUGGAGGGGCAAACCCCAGAACCCGAGGGCAGGAGGGAGCUGAGACCGGAACCCCCGACCCCCACCGGCUCCUCCGACAAAGAGGACAGAGACCCCACGGGGAUGAAUCAGCACCUCAAGGUGGAUUUCCCAGAGGUUAUUGCUGAAUCCUCCAUUGCUCCCAGGUCCGACCGUGUCUGGGCCUGGAGUCAUGUCGGAUUCGAGGUCUGCAAGCUGUGGAGUUAUCGUAUCAUUUCUCUGCUCUGUGCCAUUCCUGCCUCCACUCUCACCGGCUGCCUCUUCUCCUUCGUCACUUGUCUACACAUAUGGUGCCUGCUGCCUUGUGUGAGGGUCUGUCUCCUCUGUCGGCCUACCUGCCAGAAGGUCUGCCACAGCCUGAUGGACAUCAUUGUCAGCCCAGUCUGUACCAGCGUGGGCCGCUGUUUCCGGAGAGUUCAUCUUAUUGUGGCCAGAUACUAGUUCCACUCCCUCCCCACACAUCCAGCCUGAGGCCUGUGCCUGCUGUCCCAGACCUUGGGUCCAUAUCUGCUCUCCCAAGGCCAUACCUGCUCUAACAGGCCCAAGGCCCACAUUCCCCUCAACAAGUGCCAGAUCCCAUCCUCUCACUCAAUCCCAAACCACAGGCAUCAGUCCCAAGCUCACACUCCUUCUCCCAGACUCCAGGACCAUACCCACCCUCCCAGGGCCCCUAUCCGCUCUCUCAGGCCCCCUACCCGCUCUCCCAGGUCUCAGGCCAGUGUCCCCCUCGACAGGCCCAGGUCUCCCACUCUCGCACUCGGGCCUGUUCCUCUUCUCCCAGGGCCCAACAUCCCCCUUGUCCAGCUCUGAACCACUGGAGGCCUGGGGAGGAAUCCGGGGACCGUCAGGCUGAGUUAGGUUCCCCCCUCUCUCUCGGUGGUUGGAGGAUGGGUAUCUGGGAGUUAGUGAGAGGGCGAGAUCAGCCAACUGAGUGCCGACUGCGACAGGCAGCGGGGUUUGGAGCUCGGGAGUAGGUCUCUCAGUGGUCAAGCUGACCCGUACACCUCAGGCCCCACCUCUGGCCACAGCAGACAGAGACAGGUCAGAACGGGGCCGGAGUGUGAGGAUGGGAAGUGAAAUUAAGAACAGGAUGAGAAGACAAUGAGCCCUCUGAUUUAAUGUUGACAUUUCACAGCAAUUCUCCACCGUCCCUGAUAAACUCAGUCCAGGCAGUCUCCGAUAGGGAAUCUGGACUGGUGUCAGGAUCCAGAGGUGAUCCCCUGGACUUGGUCCCGCUCCAUCAUUCAGAACCUCCUACUCCCACCUUCCAUUACAUCAUCCAAAUCCAACUCCACCGUAUGGGGUCCCGUUCAUCCAAACCAUCCUCCGGCCCCCUACACC